UUUUCGGUGAUCCAAUUUGUAGAUAAAUUGAGUAUUUAUGUUCCAACAUUCCUCUUACUCUUGGCUGCUCGAUCAUCGCCGACCAGGUGCGAUUAAUGGCUUCUUCUUCCUUCUUCCUUCUUCUUCUUCUUCUUCUUCUUCUUCUUCUUCGUCUUCUUCUUUUUGUCAGGGGCUUUGUCAGCCAUCACUACAAAGCUCUGCGUCAGAAACCAAUCAACACCUCUUCUUCUUCCUCCUCCUCCUCCUCCUCUGGUCUUCGUUGGAAAUACGAUGUGUUCAUCAAUUUCAGAGGGGAAGACACUCGCAGGGGCUUCGUCAGCCAUCUAUACAGAGCUCUGCGUCAGAAACCACUCAACACCUUCAUUGAUACCGAAGAGCUCAGAAAAGGCGACCGCCUUUCCGAGCUCCUGACAGCGAUUCGAGAGUCAAGGCUUUCGAUUGUAGUUUUCUCUCAAAACUAUGCUUCUUCCACUUGGUGCUUGAAGGAACUCGUCGAAAUUUUGGAAUGCAACGAUAACAAGAACCAAAUUGUGGUCCCCAUUUUCUACGAAGUCGAUCCAUCCGAUAUUCGUAAACUCAAAGGAAGUUUCGCCGAAGCUUUUGAUCGGCAUGAAGGCCAUUCUAACGCCAACAUGGAGGAGGUGCGGAGCUGGAGGUCCGCCCUUACUCGAGCCACCAAUUUAUCCGGCUGGGAUUCGCGAAACUAUGAGGAUGAUGCAAAGCUUAUUGAGGAAAUUGUAGAAUAUGUUUACAGGAAAUUGAUCCACAUCUCAUCAACAUCAAGUAAAGCUAAAGGUUUGAUUGAAAUGGAUUCUCAUAUGCAUGAAAUGCAUUUAUUAUUACAUCCUCCUGGGGUUGAAACAAAUGAUGUUCGUGUUGUUGGAAUAUGGGGUAUGGGUGGUUUAGGCAAAACAACCAUUGCUAGAGCUGUCCGUGAUGAAAUCGCUAGUCAAUUUGAAGCUUGUUGCUUUCUUGAAAAUGUCAAGGAGGGUUUCAUGAAGCAUGGCCAACUACAUAUGCAGACACAACUUCUAUCGAGUAUCUCAAACAACAAGGUGGGGAGUUCCAACAUUUUGGAUAAAGGUUUCCAGAUUUCUUCUAGGUUUCUCAAACCAGAUAAGAAAACUGUAGAUCUUGUUGGUAAUGAAAAAAUGAAGGCCAGCACCAAUGUUAGGCAUAUUGUUCUUCCUUGCUCCAGUUCAGCAAGGUCGCAACUUAUUCCUGAUAUCAUACGUUGUUAUAGCAGUGGAGGACGCACAAUUAUUUUCACCGAGACAAAGGAAGCUGCUUCUGGACUUGCUGAGGCGUUGCCUGGAGCCCGAGCUUUGCACGGGGACAUACAGCAGGGCCAGCGUGAGGUCACACUUGCUGGUUUCAGGUCUGGCAAGUUUUUGACAUUAGUCGCCACAAAUGUGGCAGCGCGUGGACUGGAUAUCAAUGAUGUUCAAUUAAUUAUCCAGUGUGAACCCCCACGUGAUGUAGAAGACUAUAUCCAUCGAUCUGGACGCACAGGGAGAGCAGGAAAUUCUGGAGUUGCUGUCAUGCUUUAUGAUCCAAGAAGGUCAAAUUUUUCAAAAAUCGAGAGGGAAUCGGGGGUGAAAUUUGAACACAUUUCUGCUCCUCAGCCACUUGAUAUAGCUAAAGCAGUAGGUCAAGAUGCAGCAGAAAUGAUAACCAAAAUUUCUGAUGGUGUAAUUCCUGCUUUCAAGUCUGUUGCCGAGGAGCUACUUAACACCUCUGGCCUAUCUGCAGUAGAUCUACUGGCUAAAGCACUAGCUAAAGCUGCUGGCUACACUGAGAUAAAGAAAAGAUCACUUCUUAGCUCUAUGGAGGACCAUGUCACAGUACUUCUCGAGGCUGGAAAGCCCAUUUAUUCACCGUCUUUUGCUUUUGGUGUCUUGAGGAGAUUCUUGCCCGAGGAGAAGGUUGAGUCAGUGAAGGGUAUGGCACUAACAGCUGAUGGAAAUGGUGCAGUUUUUUAUGUGGCAUCUGAAGAUUUGGAUUUGUUUCUUGCUGGUCAGGAAAAUGCAGCUAAUGUGAGCAUAACGGUGUUGAAAUCACUGCCUUAUUUACAAGAAAAAGAAUCAAGGAAUACAAGAUUUGGCGGUGGUGGAAGGUUUGGCCGUGGAGGUGGAGGAGGUUUUCGAAAUGAUAGGUAUUCCAACAACCGAUCCGGUGGUGGUGGUGGUGGUGGGAGAGGUCGCGGCAACAGAUGGUGAAGCGCAAUAUAAACCGGCUCCUUUCAAGUAAGCUGUUGUGAGCAACAAAUAAUAUCAAAAGGUUGCAUUCACGAUGGUUUCAACUGGCGGAGGUACUAAAAGCCAGUUGAUCCGAGUGGAGGGGCAGGAGUAUAUUUUGACAAUGAAGAAAAUAUUCGGUAGGUUGAGGGCCUCGAUUGGCUCGUUACAACGACAUCAUUUUUUCUGCGUAUAGCAUAUUCUGUCAACCCCCUUCUCUAUUUUAUCGUUCAUUUUUGUUCAAUUUUCUUUUUCAGCAUUUUUUUUAUGCUCUUAAUAGUGUAAGAACACUUUUUUGGAGUGUAAGAACACUAUUUUAUCGUUCAA